UGCCUUUUUCUUGGAACUUGGUUAGCUAUCUGUUUAUUUGUGUACAGACACACACAUUGAGGACAGAAUAGAGUGACUUCUUAGAUGCACUUGUUAGAUUCCUUUUAAUUCCGUGUUGUGUUCUGUGUUGUUUAGUUUGUAUUAAAUAAGACGUAUUUGUGAAGGAUGUUUCAUAUAAACUUGAAUUUCAGCACUUUUACCUCAUUGCUGAUGCUGUUUGUCCAUGUUUGAUGUUAAUAGUUGUGGUUUCUUGACACUUUAAACCUCAAAAUAACAUCACAGUGUUUAUGACUGUUUGUGUCAUGUUUACUACAGCUUAAUGACUUCUGCUGUUCAGUCACACUGUCCUCUACUGGCUGAUCAAUGGUGCUGCACAGAGACGGGGGAUAGUGGAGGUCAGUGCAUGACUCUUCAUGCUCGGUACUCUUCUCCAUAUUAACCCGCCUGGUGCUGGUGAAAAGAAACGGUCGGUACUGCACACGGGUCGGGAUGGGGGUGUUAGUUACAGCCCUCCUCGGUCACUAGGAGGUCUGCAGCAGUAGAGGUGAAAUAUGAUUGAGGAAUUGAAUAUGACCAAAACUGCAUUCAAAUACAGCCCUCUUAUAAGUACAGUCGACUCUGAACCUUUGAUGUGAAUUAACUACAGAAACUUUCAGCUUCCAGAAAUGGCAAAAAAUACCAGAAAUGAUCAAACAGAUGAAGAUAUUUACGAGAACACUAUAGAAUGUAAAGAGGAUCCAAAGAGCCAAGAAAGUGCAGAAAGAAAACCAGCUUCCUCUAAAGAAACAGUGAAGUUCCUCCUGGUGUUCCUCGGUCUCCUUCUGAUUGGUGCUUUAAUUGCACUUUGUGUUUUGGGCUUCCUGUAUCACAGUCAGUCCUCCUCGUUUAGUGAGCGGUUUGCUAACGCUACAGCUGAACUGAAACUGCAGGAGCUCAAAACCACCGAAUUUAAAUCUAGAUUGGAAAAAGUUCAAGUGAGCUACGAGGCUGCAUCAAAGCAACUGGACUCAUUAAAAGCAAAUAAAAGCUUUGAGCUGUGUGACGAAGGAUGGAGGUCUCUUGGGUUGAAGUGCUACUUUUUCUCCACCAAUAAUCUGAACUGGACUGAGAGUCGAGAUUCCUGUGUUAAGAAAGGAGGUCACCUAGUGAUCAUAACCAGCAAAGCAGAGCAGGAUUUUUUAGUUUCACAAAUUAAAGAAACUCACUGGAUGGGUCUGAAUGAUCUGGAGAAGGAGGGAAAGUGGAUGUGGGUGAACAACAAGACCUUGGAUGAGACCGGUGUGAAGUUCUGGUUCGAGAUGAAUCCCAUUGAGCCUGAUAACUGGAGCAAAGAGGACACUUCUGGAGAGAACUGUGCUAGUUUGGGGGAUGGGAAUGGCAAUAAUCAUAGAUGGUUUGAUGGUUCUUGUCGUAAGGUGAAAAAGUACAUCUGUGAGAAGUAAAAAAAGUCUGGAGAAAUGUUUAAAGAUUUUUUUUUUUUUGGAGAGAAGGAUAUUACCUGUUUUUUAAAUGUUUAAACUUGGUUUGGUUAUUUUGCAAAAACUUGCAAAGCUGAAAAACAAACAAACAAAAAAAACAGCAAGCUUUAGAUGUACCUGUGAGAGGUUUUAAUAAAUAUCAUAUUUUCUUUUAUUUACACAAUGCUUGUGACUGUACUCGUGUAAGGAACAAUAAAAGUAUAACAAUUCUUGUUGAGCAUUAAUUCAAUAAUAAUAAUAACCAAUGAAAUCAGAGACUCUGUGCCUCGAAUUAGACUUGUUUUACAUCUCAUCUCUAUUUUCUCGCACAUAAGUGUAGUUUUAAUUUUGAUCACACAAACAUUUAAAGUUAAGAACCUAUAUAAAGGACCUCACUCAUGUUUCUAAAGAAGAGUAAAUUAAAUUUUAAUUGUAAAUUAAAUAUGAAAAGUGUGAGAACGUGGGCGACUUUCACAAGGUCCAGAUUAUAAUGGUCAGAUCAGAGCGUCUCCAAAACGGCAGGUAGCGUGGGGUGUGUCCAGCAUCUCAUAUGUUGAAUCAUUAUUACACUCCUUAUUUUGAAUUUUAUGUUCUCUGACCUACGCAGAGUGGAUGUAGUUUCAUUUUUAUGACAUGUCUUUGAAUGACAUGAUGAACUGAAUUGAGCUCAAAGGUGCGUUUGGUGUCUUCAAAAUACUCUUGUGUAUUCUGUGUUUCAACGGUUUGCAUAUAAAGAUUCUGAACACUCCUGGA